CGUCGCUCUUGACGCCUAAAUUCAAAAGUCAUAGCGUUAGCCUGACUGUUUGGCUAGCUUGUUUUUCAACACUGUCACGGAACUUCUUUUAGCUCCUUCUUUUUCCUGUUUUACAAAAAAUGGAGCCCAUGAUUGAAGAUCUGAAAAUGUUCUUUUACGAGAGCAGACUAGCUACUUAUUCGGGGUGGCCGUUUGACGAGGACUGCUCGUGCACUUCGCAGAAUAUGGCUAAGGCUGGUUUUAUCCACAAACCUACUGACAACAGUCCGGAUGUGGCCCAGUGCUUCUUCUGCUAUAAGGAGCUGGAGGGCUGGGAGCCUGAGGAUGAUCCUCUCAAGGAACACAAGUCUCACUCUCCAGCUUGCAAUUUCAUUCUGCUGAAUAAGGCAGUGGAGGAGCUCACAGUGGAGGAGAUUCUGAAGCUGCAGAAAGAGAGGCAAAAAUUCCACAUAAAAAUGACCUGUAAACAGGUGAUUGAGAAGUUUGAGGAAGCAGCUAAAUCCAAAAGAGGCGACAUUAUUAAACUAGCCAUGGAUUGCUGAAUGGACUUUUCUGUCUUUUCCUCAUCCUGUAUGCUUGCUCUUGGUUUGUCGGUCCUGGAUAAGAUCCUUUAAUAUUUGCACUACUUAUUUGUUUGUCUGUCUCUCUUUUUUAUGUCUGUGAUUCUAGUAGGUUUGUUUUUGGUUUUAUGUAGAUUUUCUUUUCUUUGCAGCAAUAAAUGUUAAAAUAUGUUUUGUU